UUUGAGACGGCUAGCUUGUCGACUGGGUUGCAAAGACGGAUUGUGCGAUGUUUUGGUUUUUUUAUUUAAGAUUGCCAUUGAUAUUAUCAUUGUCUUUUUACUGAGUGUUGUAUGAAAUAAGGGUGUACUAGAAUCGCCUUCCGAGUUUAAUGGUGAAACAAAGUUCGUGUGAAAAAUUAAUAUCACAAAUUGUAGAUUUGCAGUGGUAGCGUUAGUUAGCGUUGCAUAGACAGAAGUACAACCAGCUGUAAAAAUGAUGAGCUGCAGAUUGGCGCAGUUGGUGGCGCGAACGCCAAAGUCGUAUUACGGGGUUCUUCCGUCGCAAUACGGCCGGGCCUUCUAUGCGGCCAAGAAGACCGACGCACAAGCGAAAGCGGAUCCAAAAAGCAAGGAAGGCGCAGGCGCCAAACCGAAUCCCGGAAGCCCAAAAAAGAGCGAGGCGACCGCCCAGUCUACGGUGGGCAGCACGGGGCCAGGGGCCGUGGGCAAGGACAACCGAGGGGGCAAGGAGGAAACGCUGAAGGGGGCGGCGGCCAAACAACAGGCGCCCAACACCAACUACCAGCAGAAACGAACGUUCCUCACGGGCUGGUCCGUUUACGCACAGGAUUCACGCAAACCUGCCGCAUCCACUUCCGGUGCAAAAAAAGACGAUAAGGAGGGCUUUGUCUCCGAGCAGUCAAAGAAGAAUGUCGAUCCAGAGCCGAGCAUCGACAAGGGUACGGUGGAGAUGCUGGAAUUCUACCCUGAAAAGCCCGGCAGCCGGCUGGAGCAGCAACUGGGACUCGGCCAGCAGAAGCAGAAUAAUCAGAAUCCCCGACAGUCUGGUGGCUCUGCUCAGGAUAAGAGCGGUGAUGGCUACGACAGCAAACGACAUAAUCCCAGUCGGACCGGCCGCGAACAGGACGACAAGUACCUGGACGAGGCGUUGUCCAGCAAGUCCGGUCCGUUGGUCGGCGACGAUAAAGGCAAGCGCCGCUUCUCCACCUCGGCGGCGCAUUCGACCACCACGCCGUCGGGCAAGGGCAGCAAAGGCUCCGCAAUGGGUGCAGGUCAUGACGCUUUAAUCAACGACGGGGCGAUCACCCACAAACCACCCAUUGACACACCGCAGCCCAAAACGGGCGGCGAUCCCCUUCCUUCCAAGGCCCAGGGCGGCGGUUGCGUCAGCCCGGACAGUGCGAGCGGACUCAAGGGCACUGAGCGCGAGCGCACUGGUGAUGAUAGACGCGAUGGAAAAGGUCAGAAAGGCUUUGACACCGACCUGGGUCCCAUUGAUGGCGGCCAACGCAAGCCGGCACCGGGACAGCCUGCGCGCCGGCUGCACACUUCGGCGUCACUGCUUAAAUCAGUUAGAGCGCAAGAAGAGGAGCGGCAAACGCACCUUCAAAGGGAGAUGCUGUCCCCUCGGGGGUUGGGCAGCGAUUAAUGUCACAGGGUUGUAGAAGAUGGUGUUGUGACGGUGUGAUCCGCGGAAACGGGAUAGGAUGACUUCACCAUGGCCAGGGAAACUGCCAUACAUACGGUUGUGUUUGUGUGUGCUGUAUUUGUUUGUCUAACAAUUCAUUUUUUAAAUUUAACCUUCCUGGGCUCUCGGAAUGGAGAGCUCCUCAUGGAUGAGAACCCUUGUUUAUUGCGCCGAUGUGCUACUUAUUUUGUUCCUGUUUGUUGGUUCCGCUUCGCAUUUUUGCCGAAAGUGAUUUCAGAAAAAUAAAGCUGAUUGAACUGUACAA